CGAAGCCCUGGGGCGGCUGCUCCUGCUCACUGUUUGCCAAGCCGUGCCGUCUGAAGAUCCGAAGUCUCACGGGUCCGAUGCUUGAGGGGGGCAAAUCCGGACGUGUAUUCAGAUGGACAGACGGCGGGAUGUACAUCAUAGGUGGAGGUACAUCGUACCGGCCGUCAAUCGUUCCAAAGUGGCACGGGACAGCGGGGAUAGCACUGGUAGCUACGGCGGACUCGGACGUCAGGAUGUUUGGAAUGCUGGUGGUCAGCAUUGCCAAAAGGUUCUACUGGGCUGGAAGGAUUCCUCCCACUUGGCUCCCACUACCCUACUUACUCUUGCUUCUGACUCAUUCACCGUCUUUUCUGCACCCCGGAGCUGUUUAUAGAGCCGAGUCGAUCCACUGGUCGACCAAAACAGUUGGCUCCCCCCGUGAGUGUUCUGCCUCGAGGCAGCAGGACUGCAAACAACCUCGUGGCCAUCCACUUUUUGUGCAUGCUUUAGGUGUUCGCUUGCCGCAUGCCCAGUGCUAUCACUUCCCCCACCAAGUUCAGCACGGUCUCUGACCCCCGCCGCAAGCCCAGAACCCCUCUCACUCAGGCCGAUUUCAUCUUCAUCGACGGCGAUAUUCCCACCGACCCAAACACGAUGGAAAACGCCACUCGACGACCGCCCGUGCGCCUCAACGCCCAGGACGGGCCGUGGAGUGUCAGUGUCGCAGAGAAUGCAGAUGAACCGCGUUCGUACAGCUUGUACAUCAAGACCCCUACACAUAAUCUCACGCUCACUCGUACCGCCGUCGAGCUUGUCGAGCUCGACCGCAAACUGCGCGAAGCUUACCCGACUGCGCAGCUCCCGGAUCUCCCAAUCGACGCAUUGGCGCCCACCAAGCGCAAGGGGCGCUCCGCGUUCCUGAGCACUCUAUCACGCCUCGCGUCCCCGAGCUCAAACCGCGCGUCACGCGCGUCGUCCUCCACCCGCCGUGCAACCAAUGGCACCUCCCCGGCGAACACGACGCCUCAGGCGGAGGCGAGCGACCCUUUCCUGUCGUUCGGGCCCAGCGACGGCCCCACGACGCCCGAGCUUCCGGUCUCCGGCACGAGCACAGCGGUUGCCGCGUAUCUGACGACCAUCAGUAACACCCCUGCCAUGAGACAGGCCCGUGUCUGGAAGCGGUUCGUUCGGGUGCGAACAGAUGAUCUGGAGAGCGUUCGGGUGGAGCGUGCGAUCAAACGAGUGCGAAGUGAUCUGGCUUCGCACACGGGCGGCAAAAUGCGCGGCAUGGAGAAGGAGAACGUCAAGGUCGAGAAGGUCAUUGCCGAGGUCGAACCGUCGCUACAUGAAGAGGUCGAGCCGUCGCCUGAGAAGCAGCCGGUGUUGGCCGGUGAUGUUGCGGCUACCGCCGAGGAGGAUGCUACAGUGGAAUCGCAGCCGAAUGCAGAUGAGACAGCAUCAACCAAAGCAUCAAGCAAAGAAACCGCUUCAAUCACGGAACCUACUCGCAUCCACCGAUCACACUCUGCCGACCCUGACAAGUCCUCCCGCAUCUCACGAAUCUACGAUGAUCAGACUGAUGUGGAAGAGCAGACCUCAUCCCAAGCCGAGGAUGAUUCGUCUGUGUCCACGACUGGUCACACCGCCCCGAAAAAGCGUAGCUCGAAGAAGAAGAUCCGCAGCGAGCCGCGGAAGAGCACUCGAAAGGUUGCGAUUGAUGACUUUGAGAUGAUGCGAGUUCUUGGAAAGGGGUGUGCGGGUAAAGUUCUGCUCGUGCGGCACAAAACCACAACGGAUCUCUACGCGCUCAAGGCUAUCACGAAACGGCAUGUGCUGGCUCACCAGGAGCUCCAGCAUACCCUGACUGAGCAGGCCGUGCUGAAACGCAUGGCUGCUGAGAACCGGGAUCCCUUUGUUGUCAAACUCUGGUGGAGUUUCCACGACAAAGAGAACCUGUUUCUAGUCAUGGAUUUCCAUCCAGGGGGUGAUCUUGCGACUCAACUUGCACGAUGGGGUCGUCUGGGGCGAGACCGAGCACGGUUCUAUGCCGCCGAGAUUGUUGAAGGAGUCGAAGGACUACACGCUGCCGGCGUGAUCUAUCGUGAUUUGAAGCCGGAGAACAUCCUCAUUGGCGGUGACGGCCAUAUCGUGCUCACAGAUUUCGGAUUGUCCAAAGAGUUCCCGCGUCGUUUGGCUUCGGCUACGGCCCCUGCGACGCCGACUGGGUCGCGCGGUGAAUUUGUGACCGCUGCGAAUGGAUCCUCGUUACCCGCUACCCCACCAUGGAUGCGGCCCGACAAGGAUGGUGAACUCGCUGCUGGGUGGCCUGGCCAACCCGUCGGCCAGGCAGCGGAUACUACGACCACAUUCUGUGGCACCGCCGAAUAUCUCGCCCCCGAGGUCAUCCAGGGGCUUUCGUACAGCUACGAAGUCGACUGGUGGAGCUUUGGCACGAUGCUGUACGAGAUGUUGACGGGAAUUACUCCUUUCUGGGCCAACAACCACUCGGACAUGUAUGUUCGUGUGCUCCAAGACGAACUGCAAUUCCCGGACGACCGAGCGAUCGAUCAGGAUACUAAGAGUCUCAUCCGUGGGCUACUGCAACGGAAUCCCGCUCUGCGCAUUUGUGAACCCAGAAUCAAGCGGCAUCCUUAUUUCUCCAUGAUAGAUUGGUCUCAUGUUUAUUAUAAGCGUUAUAUCCCACCUUACAUUCCACCGAUUGAUCCAUCCAAUGCGAGCGACACCCAAAACUUCGAUGAUACAUUCCUCGACAUGGAGCCUGUGCUGGACGACAUCAACGAUGAUGUUGACACCGACCAGGAGCCUCAAACGGAUCCAGAACCGACUGACGGAGAGGAGUCCAACACAACGCCGUCCCAAUCUCGUAGUUCAUCAAUCCAUCCACCGAUCAACGCUGGCACGCCAGAAGAAGACACGGUGGACGUGUUUGACGGCUACUCGUUCAAGGGCCGGCAUUCUGUGCUCAUGGACGAUGACGACGACGACAGCGAUGGAAGCGCUGAGGAUGGCAGUGACGAAGAGGAGGACGAGGACUCCUCCAUCUUGAAGGAUCUUGGCAUGGAGCUGGACACACCGACUGUCGAACUCGAUGUUCCUGAACCGAAAACGCCGGAAGCGCGGCCAGUUGUUCCUUCUGAGCCAGUUCCUGAGCUGCCGUCCGAGCCGGCUGUCGUCGAAGAGGAGCCACGUGCUGAGGAGCCGGUCCCUGAGCCAGUAGAGCCGGUAGAGCCGGCGCCAAGCGAGAGCAAAGACACACAGCCUCCGCCGCCGCCACCUCCACCAGUGCCGGAGAAAGAGCCCGAAGUGCUGGCCAAACCAGUCAAGAGCGUUCCGGUCCGUGCGACACGAGCCAGGAGAGAAAAGUCGGGUGUUCCCGCUUUGGAUCGACAUCUCGACGAAGAAGCGACCGAGAAAGAGGAGGAAGAAGACGAUGAUGAAGACGACGAUUGGGACUUCAUUGACGCUGUCGACGGCGAAGACCGGAAUGGAGCGAAGGGAACGAGCUUGUUUGCCCGUGGAGUCGUCGACAAAUACAGGCUCGCUGUAUUCCGCAAGGCGUCGACUCCGGGGCCCAGAUCUGUUUCUGGGAUGUCGCAGCAGACCUCCGAAGCGGGCGACUCCCCCAGUCCUUCACAGAGACGUGGUCGGACGGGAGCAGGUCUCACGUUCCGGAAAAACCCGCGCCAGUUCCUGCGGCCCAAGUCUCCGGCUCCGCCAUCGUCGUUCUCGUCGAUGACUUCGACGGCCAAGAGCUUGAGCGCGUCGAACUCUGCCACAUUGUCCGCAUCAUCGUCCAGCGGUGGCUUGCUCACCCCGUCGGGUUCGACUCCUCUGCACGAAAGCCCGUCGCUCCGGUCGAAGGAGUCCGCGAUGUCCAUGGGCGCGAUGAGCACUUCGUCAGGCGAGAACGGCGUGCACGGGUCUCCUGUGACAGUGGAAGUGAAGAAUAAAAAGCUGAAGAAGUACAAAGAGAAUGCGGAGAAGGUGUUUUCGUUCCUCUCCUCCCCUCGCUAAUCUGUAAGUAUAUGACCCCCUCCCUAUGCCGACCCUCCGUCACCACUAUCGUAUCGUCGUUUAAACAACACACGCUCACACUCGUUUUUUUGGUUUGUAGUAUAGUGCCGCCUCGGACUGUGCUUGGCGCUGACCGUGUGUUCUUAUAUAAAUAGAUCACUUUCUUUGCAACUGGAAUGGAAUACAAAUAUUAUUGACGCUGUUGAACUGCCGCUUACUGGGGGCAGGGAUGCUGUGCUCAGAUGGUCA